CAACCCUUUCAGGCACAGCGUGGGCCCCAUUGCAAAAGGCAAAGGGGAUUGUUAUAAAAAGGGUGUAUCGUCUUCCCCCCCAAACUUGCUUCCCAUCGCUUAACACAUACCCUACGUUUUCUACUUUUCCACCUAAUAUCAGUAAACACACACAUUCGCCAUGUCUGACGACGUUGCUGCUCUCGUGAUUGACAACGGUUCCGGUAUGUGCAAAGCCGGCUUUGCCGGUGACGAUGCACCCCGUGCCGUGUUCCCCUCCAUUGUUGGACGGCCCCGUCACCAAGGUGUGAUGGUUGGAAUGGGACAAAAGGACUCUUACGUUGGUGACGAGGCCCAAUCCAAGCGAGGUAUCUUGACCCUCAAGUACCCCAUUGAGCACGGUAUUGUCACCAACUGGGAUGACAUGGAGAAGAUUUGGCACCACACCUUUUACAACGAACUCCGUGUUGCCCCUGAGGAACACCCCGUCCUCUUGACUGAGGCUCCCCUCAACCCCAAGGCCAACAGGGAGAAGAUGACUCAAAUCAUGUUUGAGACCUUCAACACACCCGCCUUCUACGUUGCCAUCCAGGCCGUCUUGUCCUUGUACGCUUCCGGUCGUACCACUGGUAUCGUGCUCGACUCUGGAGAUGGUGUGUCCCACACCGUCCCCAUCUACGAAGGUUACGCCCUUCCCCAUGCCAUCCUUCGUCUCGACCUUGCCGGUCGUGACCUUACCGACUACCUCAUGAAGAUUCUCACUGAGCGUGGUUACUCUUUCACUACCACUGCCGAACGUGAAAUCGUGCGUGAUAUCAAGGAGAAGCUCUGCUACGUUGCCCUUGACUUUGAGCAGGAGAUGCAGACUGCUGCCCAAUCAUCUGCCUUGGAAAAGUCCUACGAGCUUCCUGACGGUCAAGUCAUCACAAUUGGUAACGAACGUUUCCGUGCUCCCGAGGCUCUCUUCCAACCCUCCUUCUUGGGUCUUGAGGCUGCUGGUAUUCACGAGACAACUUACAACUCCAUCAUGAAGUGUGAUGUUGAUAUUCGUAAGGACUUGUACGGUAACAUUGUGCUCUCUGGUGGUACCACCAUGUACCCCGGUAUUGCCGACCGUAUGCAGCGUGAGAUCACCGCCCUUGCACCAUCUUCGAUGAAGAUCAAGAUUGUUGCACCUCCGGAACGUAAAUACUCUGUGUGGAUCGGUGGUUCCAUCUUGGCCUCCCUCUCGACCUUCCAACAAAUGUGGAUCUCGAAGCAGGAGUACGAUGAAUCUGGCCCAUCCAUCGUUCACCGCAAGUGUUUCUAAGAGUAUUCACUGCAAAAGAACAGUGGAAAUACAACAAAAAGUAAAACCGUUGAAAAUCAAUAAAAAGGGUGGAUAUCUCAUGGGCGUUAAAUGUCGGGGAGUGUCCUGGCUUAUUGCUGCUUGAGUAAAAAAUGUUGUCGGGGUAGAUGGUAGUAAUUGUAUGCUUAAACGAUACCAAUUAUAUUUUUCAUAUUUCUUUAAUUCGGAAUA